AUGUUCUCCUGCCCACUCACUCCACAGGUCAACAAAUCCGAUGCUGGAUCCGAUCGGAUUCCUGGAAACAUUCAUAAAACACCACGUCGACACCCAUGUUCGACAAUCGCUCUCUUAGCUGAUCAUCAAUAUCUGGCAUUGGGAAGUGAUGAAACGCUCUCAGUUUGGGCAACAAAUGGUGAACCGAAAACAACAAAGUCGAUUGCCGUGAGUAACUGA